AUGGCAUCUGCGUUGUCUGCUUCGGUUUCUUCUUUUCGGGCCUCGCUGCAGUUACUUGAAUCUUCAAUCGAUAUCCUUGAUGAAGGUGUAAACGACUUCCCCCGCCUCUGCAAAGUACUCCAGUCUACUCGACACUUUGAAUUGCUUCCUGAACCUACCUUGAAAGAAGCACAACAAGCUAUUAUGGAUGAAAUUACACCCAGUAUAUCGCAUCUCAUAACGCUUGCCUCUAACCAUACCGAUAAGCUUGCGCGUCGACAGGAGGCCCUGAAAGCCAAAGCUGAACUGCAAGAGGGACGAUUAUACCAAGAGCCGCGUUCUUCUAGAAGUGACCUGCAUCACGAUAGAAAACGAACCUCAAUGGCUGGUGGUGUUCCGGGAAGUAAAGCCGCUGAAUUACGCAGGCUGACGCAAAAGAAGGAGCGCUUGCAGUAUGCUGUUGAUCGACUGGAACUUCAAUCGAAACAGCGUGAACGUCAACUAAGGAAAAGCAUGGCUGCUCCCUGA